CCUUCCUGUGGGGCUGGCGGCGGAGUCAAGCGACAGUAGUGGUCGCGCCAUUCAUAUUUUGCAAAUCAGGGCUGAGCAGAGGCUUCAGUGACUACGUCUCACACAUGUCCGGCUCCACUCCCCCCACUCCCCCGGCCGAGGCCGUGGGAGUCGAGGGCUGUUUACUACCCGGAUACAAGCCUUUCAAACCCGAGGAUCAUGGGCUGGAUCGUGGGUUCCGUCUCACAGCCUUCUCCGACCUGAAGGGGUGAGGCUGUAAGGUCCCCCAGGAGGCUCUGCUCAGACUCCUGGCGGGACUGGAGCCCGACCCGGCUGCCGGCGCAGGGGAGGCCGGAGACCAGGCCUCGGAGUUCGGUCAGCAGCCCCCCGGCCCUCGCCUUGGCAUAGGGAUGGACUCGUGUGUGAUUCCUCUGAGACACGGAGGUCUCUCACUCGUCCAGACCACGGACUUCUUCUAUCCUCUGGUGGAGGAUCCCUACAUGAUGGGCCGGAUCGCCUGCGCCAACGUCCUCAGUGACCUCUACGCCAUGGGCAUCACAGAGUGUGACAACAUGCUGAUGCUGCUCAGUGUCAGCCAGAAGAUGAACGAGAAGGAGCGCGAGCGAGCCAUGCCGCUGCUGAUGCGAGGGUUCCGGGACGCGGCGGAGGAGGGGGGCACCUCGGUGACCGGGGGGCAGACGGUGGUCAACCCGUGGAUCAUCGUUGGAGGCGUGGCCUCAGUCGUGUGUCAGCCCAGCGAGUUCAUCAUGCCCGAUGGAGCCGUACCGGGAGACGUCCUGGUGCUCACCAAGCCCCUCGGAACCCAGGUAGCAGUCAACGCCCAUCAGUGGCUGGAUCAGCCUGAAAGAUGGAACAAGAUCAAGCUUGUUGUCAGCAAGGAGGAAGUGAAAGAGGCCUAUCAGGAAGCCAUGUUCUCCAUGGCAACACUCAAUCGCACAGCGGCUGGCCUUAUGCACAAGUUCCAGGCCCACGCAGGGACGGACGUGACGGGCUUCGGGCUGCUGGGCCACGCCAACAACCUGGCGGCGCAGCAGCGCAGCGAGGUCUCCUUCGUCAUCCACAACCUGCCCAUCAUCGCUAAGAUGGCCGCCAUCAGCAAGGCGUGCGGAAACCUGUUCAACCUGAUCCAGGGCACGUCCGCGGAAACCUCUGGCGGGCUGCUGGUCUGCCUCCCCAGGGAGCAGGCGGCCAAGUUCUGUUCGGAGAUGAAGAGCCAGGGCUCUGGGUUCGGAGGCCAGGGGGCCGCCGGCGGGGCCUGGAUCAUCGGCAUCGUAGAGAAAGGCGACCGCCGCGCCCGCAUCAUCGACAAGCCCCGCAUCAUCGAGGUCCCGCCUCGAGGGAGCCCGGCAGCCAAUCAGGACAACAGCACGACUAGCCCCGCCCCCAGCCCCAAUGUGUCAUAAGGGGGUGUGUGUGUGUGUGUGUGUGUGUGUGUGUGUGUGUGUGUGUGUGUGUGUCAUCCCCUCAUCAAGAAGUUUACGAGCAUAUGAUAUAAUCGGCUGGCCACUAGUCUUUGGUCACCUCUGUCCUGAGAUUAUGACGGUCUGCUUAAGCUUUUUCUAAAUCUCGUCCAAGGAGCUCGUUCUACCACUUUUUUUGUAAAGAAGAAAAACAUUCCAAAUAAGAUUUGAACAAAUUUCAACAACGCUAUAAAAUUUAUGCCGGAAAUAAUGUGGCGGGGGUUUUGUUUUUUUGUUUUAAAUGAUUUUCUUCAGUGACUCCAGUGUUGGUGAAUGAAUCCCUAGCGGAUGUUGUGUGGCCUCUGUCACCACCUCGCGGUUUCAGAGGGAGUUGAGCAGCUUUCUCUGGCACUGCUCGGUGGUCGGAGCGCCUUCUGUCAGCUCACUGGCCUCCCAGCACCAAGCCCGGUCCUCUCAUUCUGUAUGAUGCUCUGCCCUAUAAAGCCCACGGGCCAGGGGGGAGUGGAUGUGUGCUUCUGAAUGGAGGACUGCCUUUGUGUGCUGCAGGCCUGAGGGCUGUGAAUGUGUAAAUGCUCCUGAUUUUCACAAUCAAUAAAAUAAUCCAGAAACUCA